AAAACCUGGUGUCAUCACUGUUUUCAGUGAUCCAUUCAUGUAACUUUCACCGCUUUUUUUCUUUUUCGCCCAAUGGAAUCGGCUUCAGCGGAUAAUCAAGACUGGUUAUACAUUGUCGUUGACGUUAUAUAUUCAUCAUAUUACGGAUGGUCAUGCCAUGCAAUAUAUAAUAGAGACAGACCCGUGAAGAUUCGAGGUAGAAAAUGUCUUCAGCAACCCAUGCUUGCCGUAAAAGGCGACUAUGCUUGUCGUAAGAGGCGACAAACGGAACGGGUGGUCAGGUUCGCUGACUUGGUUGAUGCAUUUCUUCAUAUCCCGAUUGAGUUGAUCGACGCUCUUGAUGUCAAUCACUUGAUUGUAUGGUCCAGGCUCGAUUAUUUACAGACCGCCUCCAUAUAGAUGGAACAUUGCCGGGUGCUGCGUUAAACAACAAACAAACAAACAAACAACCAUGAGACAGGUGUGAGCAGAGGUUUUUUCCAUGAAUAAUUAUGUUGACUUGAUAGUUUCGCGUCUCUCAAUGCCUUCUGAUAGAGACACCUUAUAAACUUCACCUUUACGUGUACCUCAGAGUUCGCUGUGGAGAAGAUGACACGAUCCCUAAACCCAAUGACAACCACGUACAGUUGGCCCGUAACGCAACGUCACAUUAGAUCGAAGUAUGUUGGGCAAGUCAUGGCAAGAAAUGUAGGUCAGUUUCAUCUGAGCCUGGUGACACUCUGUCUGAUGAUAUAAGGUGACACAGAUAGGGAAUAGAGGUUUAACCUCGUUAUGAACAGUAUUUCUCUGAGCAGGGUAUCAACUCGGUGAGGACGGCCCGAAGAGGUGCAGGUGUAGAAGUUGAGAUAUAUGACAGCUUGACCUCAGCAUGGAAAUGGAAAUUUCACACAAAUCCCUAUUCAUGGCGGGUUUAAAGAAGUCCCUGGAUGGAGGGUCAUACUCGGAUCUGACAGUGGUCGUUGGUGAUGUAUCAUUCCCGUGUCACAAGGUCAUUGUCAAGUCCAUGUCGCCUUAUAUGGAGCAGCGAUUGUCAGCUAUGGAUGGUGAAAUGACGUUGGAGGAUGUAGAUGUCAAUGCCUUCAGGAAUAUCCUAAAUUUCAUGUACACAGGUGUUCUACCGCCGCUACAUGAAGACAACAUCGUCUUCCUCAUAAACACAGCAACAGUACUUCAAAUGGAUGACUUCAAGCUGGCUAUUGAAGAGGAGUUCAGGCAUUGUGACCUCAUAGGGGCGCAUAUUUAUUUGACUUUGCAUGAUCUAGCUAUCAAAAAUAAAGUCUCGACCAUCAAGAUGGAUGUAUAUCACUUUAUCCUUCGUCAUUUUGAGUAUAUAUGGAAGAAAGGGGAACUGAAUGGCAUGAGUUUCCGUCAGCUGUAUGAUGUCGUCCUUCACAAAGAACUUAUAGUGUCAAGUGAGUUUGUGCUGCUGAAAGCCAUCGUUGACUGGGUUCUAGCUCAGAGUCAAGUGUCAUGGGAUGAGACCAAACUGCUUAUCUAUGCAGCAAGGAUGCCAUUGAUUACAGAGCAGAACAUACAGAAACUGAGGUGCACGGACCAGGUGGCAGCCAAUCAGCGUCUCAGUUCUCUACUGCUGGAGAUAUGGGAGCGGGACCAUACGGAGAUUCCUUACAAGAGGGACAGAGACCCGUCUCCCGAAGCUCCAAUCAAAACUUAUAUGGACUAUCUGUAGUGACUGAGUGAGGCUUUACACUGAUCUAAGCAGUAUUACGGCGGAUAUAGGCAACCAGUAAUGAGGCACAAUUGUAGCUAGUGAAAGGGGAUAUUGUGUAUAGCAGAGACACCGGUCGGUGAAACAUAACUCUUACUCUGCAUAUUUGAAGAACUGUCUUUGUUUGUAUCCUAUAUUCUGUGCCUUAAACCAUUGUUCAGAAGUGCAUUGUGUAGCAAAAUAUCCUAUAGUUACGUAAAAUUAUCAACUUUUAUACGGUUAAGCCUAUUUGUGCUUCACCCAUGCAAAGAAUCAAACCCGUGUCUUCGUAGUGAUCGGAUGCUUAAAUCUUUUGGCUUACCACCGCACUAUUCACUGGCUUCGACCGGUUGCAGGGGACCAAUUCUAACCUGGAGUGAUUGAGAGGUGUCCAACAAGAGUUUAUCGGUAAUAAAUAUCUUAUAAAUAAGUAUGAUUAUUACUAAGUCACUCACUAACUCGCUCACUCACUCAUCAAUAAUGGUAUAUUAUCGCAAACUACAACGGUGUGCAUUUUCUGUUACAAAUCAUUUUUUUCAAUAUAUUCAAUAGAUACAAUAAAUUAUUACAUUUACAAAUUAUAUCUGUACUUUCACUGGUUAAUAAAUGGUCACAUUACAUAUACUUUCCUUAAAACUUAGCAUUGCCCUGAGAUCCUACUUGCCGUGCAGCGAUCAGAAGUGGUAUUGUCCUGCGCGGUUUAGCCAAUGGAAUCAGCGAGAAUGUAACAGUGUAAGAAUCUACAUCGAAACGUCGCUAAAUGCAAUAAACCAGAAGGUUUAGGUUUUCUUAUUUCCUCACUAACUUCAAGAAUGCCAAUCAAACAGUUCGUAACGCAAAGCUUGUUGUGAAGCAGUAUCUCCUGCCACUGCCUCUGUCAUCUGGAGUCACGAUAUGCCUGAAAUAUUGCCGAUGUGACUUAAAAUUUUAACUCACUCACUCACACUGUCAUCUUGAGUGAUUGAAUUAUGGUUGAAUUUUGAUGGUUAUAAAUAAAUCAAAUGUUUCCUGUUUACAUUACGUAAUAAAACAACUAUUGACCACAAUUCGGGGAAUAUCAUGUUUUAUGGACCCAGGAAACCGAUACUGAAAGGUCAAUGAUUGAUAAGCAUCAGAUGAUUUACAUGUGUCAGGUAUGUUUGUUUUAUUUUGUUUGUUGUUUAACGCCGCACUCAGCAAUUAUUCAGCUAUAUGUCGGCGGUGUGUAUAUAAUGGAGUCUGAACCAGACAAUCCAGUGA